GUGUCACCUACUCGGACACGGUGAGCGCCACGGAGCCGUGCAAGCCCUGCACGCAGUGCGUGGGGCUGCAGAGCAUGUCCGCACCCUGCGUGGAGUCGGACGACGCCGUGUGCCGCUGUUCCUAUGGCUACUACCAGGAUGAGCCCAACGGGACCUGCAAGGAGUGCCGGGUGUGCGAGGUGGGCUUCGGCCUCAUGUUCCCCUGCCAGGACUCGCAGGACACGGUCUGCGAGGAAUGUCCCGAGGGCACCUUCUCCAGUGAAGCCAACUUCGUGGACCCCUGCCUGCCCUGCACCACCUGCGAGGAGAACGAGGUGAUGGUGAAGGAGUGCACGGCCAUCUCGGAUGCUGAGUGCAGAG